CUUCUUCAGGACCAUGCUCGAUCCAUGUUGAUGGCCAAACCACCAUGUCGUCGUCCCAGGCCUCGUCAUCAGCACAACCAGAAUUCACCAUCUCGACGCCACCAUCGGAUGUUGUGUCGAGCCUCUCGUUCAAUCCGGACCCCUCGCACGCCACCCAGCUCCUCGCUGCGAGCUGGGAUAAGACGGUGAGGUUGUACCAUCUGCCCGCCGACUUCCCAGCGACCAGCGACGAGGCCGCCCUGGCUGAAGCAUCGAAAGGAUGCACCCUCGUGCAUACGUUCCAGCAUGACGCUCCGGUGUUGGACGUGUGCUGGAUCAACGACAAGCUCGCUGCGUCAGGAGGUCUCGAUAGACGAGUUCGCCUGCUCGAUCUCGAGACGGGCCAGAGCAGUAUCUUGGGCAAGCACACCAAUGCGGUGAGCCGGAUACGAUAUAGCGAGUCCACAAAGCUGCUCGUUUCCGCAUCAUGGGACGCCACGUUAAAGGUGUGGGAUCCCUUUGCGGCGGCGUCGUCGUCGUCGGGGUCGGGCAGCGAGGCUCUACUCAAGACCCUCAAGCUCCCAGACAAGGUCUUGGCCAUGGACAUCUCGCCGUCAUUCCCGAGUACACAGACCCCCAAAGGCCCCGUCCAGAUCAGCGACACAACACCACGGCUCGUCGUGGCCAUGGCGGGCCGCCUCGUGCACAUCUAUGAGCUCUCUCGCUGGCGUGCUGAGCUCGAUCAGGGCGCUUCCUCACCAGAUGACUCUCCUGCAUGGAAACCGGCGCAGAAGCGGGAGAGCUCGCUCAAGUACAUGCUCCGCGAUGUCCGCACAACCGUCUCAGGACAAGGCUACGCGACGUCGUCCGUCGAAGGGCGAAUUGCGCUCGAAUUCUUCGACGCCUCAGACGAGGUCCAGGCACAAAAGUAUGCCUUCAAGUGUCACCGCCAGGUCGUGGACGGCAUCGACACGGUGUACCCCGUCAACGGCAUGGCGUUCCACCCAAUCCAUGGCACAUUUGCCUCCAUCGGUGCGGACGCCGCCGUGUCCAUUUGGGACCCGCUCGCUAAAAAGAGGAUCAAGCAGUACGGCCGAGCACCCAGCGCCCUGUCGUGCGGCGCCAUUUCGAGCGACGGCGCGUUCCUGGCCGUUGCCAGUGGCUUUGAAAACAUCGACGAUGCAAACAGCCCCUCUGGCGAAGUUGGCGGACUUGCCAAGGGCGGGCCCGGAAACGUCCAGAUUCAUAUCCGGCCUGCCUUUGACGACUGCAAGCCCAAGCCCAAAGCUUCUUAAUGUGUCACUGUCAGUCUCUUGGGAGCCUCAAAUUGCAGUUCCAUCAGAGAGGGAAUGAAAGUUGUACUGUACACGAUGAAAUAAAAUUAGAGGGAU